AUGGAACUAGAUCCCAAUGCAACAUUUGUUAAUAAUAUAUCAACAAAUCAACGUAUUGAACCAUCACGUUGUGUAGAUUUAAUUGUACUUGGAAUCAAUUAUCGUUCGAAUGAAGAAGAUGUUAGAAAUUAUUUUCAACAAUUUGGUGAACUUGUCUUUUGUGAGAUAAAACGUGAUGCGCAAGGUCAAUCACGUGGAUUUGGUUUUGUUCGUUUUAAAGAUUAUGAAUCACAAUUAAAUGCACUUAAUAAACGCCAUCAUAUUGAUGGACGUACAUGUGACUUAAAAAUUCCGGAUUCAAAGAAUCCUGGUAUGCAUGAACCUGAAUGUGCACGUAAAGUAUUUGUAGCACGUCUUCCAGAAAUUGUUACUGCUGAUGAUCUUAAUCAAUAUUUUAAACGAUUUGGAGAAGUAACUGAUGUUUAUAUUCCUCGACCAUCAAGAAGUUUUGCUUUUGUUACUUUUCUUGAAUCAUCUAUUGUUCCAUCUUUAUACGGUGAUCAUUUCAUUAAUGGAUGUAGUGUACAUGUUGGACCAGCUGAACCAAAAGGCAAACCAAAUGACAGUCAAUUCAAACGAUCAAAAGCAGAUCGUAAUUUUCAUAAUGUUCGUUCAAUUCCACCAGCCAAUACACAUCCUUAUCCAUCUUAUUCUCAAUAUGGUACAGGUAAUAAUAUGAUGUCUGGUGGUGGUAAUACUGGUAAUGCUACAGCUUCAAAUAAUCCAGACCAACAACAACAACAAUUACUUUUACAACAAAUGCUUAAUCCAAAUAUGAUGCAAGCUUUUCUUCAAGCAUUUCAACAGCAGCAACAACAACAACAACAACAGCAGCAGCAGCAGCAGCAACAACAACAAACGAAUAAAUAUGAUGCUAAUAAUUGGGCAACUGGUAUCAAUGAUCAAGCGACGAAUGCAUAUAGUCAUCAUCAUUAUCCGAAUGGUCCAACGAGUGGUAAAUUCAAUGAAUUUAAUAAUGAUCCAUGGGGUUCUCAACAUCACACAUAUCGAUAA